AUGUCUGGUGAACAAGAUUCGAUGAGCAAGAAAAGCGGUGUUGUGGAGCAGAUUGUGCCACAAACAUCUGGCGAUGAUAUUGGAGUAGGGUCGGUGUCUGAGCUUAGAGUUGUUUCUAGUUCGCACGGUGUGCCCAUUAGAAACAUUGAUGCGUUGAAUGCGACAUCAGAUCAGCAUGUUUUAGCUGAGAUCGGUUAUAAAGAAGAGUUGAAGAGAGAGUACAGCACGGUUCAGAUUUUCGGUGUUGCGUUUUCGAUUAUGGGGUUGCUUCCCUCUAUUGCGUCGACGAUGGACGGUGGGCUGAUUGCUGGGCCUGUUGGGUUGAACUGGGGUUGGUUUGUUGCAGGUGGAUUAAUUCUUACUGUUGGUAUUUCUCUUGGAGAAUUGGCCAGUUCGAUUCCAACUGCUGGGGCUGUGUACGUUGCGUGCUUCCAGUGGGGGCCAGCCAAGUGGAGAAAGAGUAUCAGUUACAGUGUUGGGUUUUUGGACACGCUAUCGCUCUGUGCGUCUGUGUGUUCGAUUGUGUAUGGUUUAGCGGAGCAGAUUUUGUCUGCAGUGGUGGUGACUGAUCCGGACUUUAAUGUGACAUCUGGGAUCACUUACGGUGUUUUCUGCGCAUCGAUGGUUGCCAUUACGCUGCUGACGUCUCUCAGCUCUAAGGUGACGGCCAAGUUGCAGACGAUUUCGAUCUUUGCCAACAUGUUCUUGAUCAUUUUGUUCCUCAUUGUGCUGCCCAUCGGUGUGUCCAGGUCCAAGAAGGUCAACUUCAACGAUGCGUCGUUCAUCUUUGGCAAAGUGGAAAACCUCAGCGAUUGGAACACAGGCUGGUCCUGGGCCAUUAACGGGUUGACGCCAGCUAUCUGGACCAUUGGUGCUUAUGACUCGUGCUUACACAUGGCAGAAGAGGCCAAGGAUGCCAGAAGAGCGGUCCCCAUUGGGAUCGUGGCCUCCAUUUCCUCGUGCUGGAUUCUGGGCUGGAUCCUAUGCAUUGUGCUUUUGGCAUGCAUGAACCCGGACAUCAACGCCAUAGUUAACUCUGCAUACGGACAAGGGAUCACACAGGUGUUUAUGGAUGCCUUGGGUAAGAGAUGGACGUUGACGUUCUUGUCGCUUUUGAUUAUUUGCCAGUUCUUGAUGGGUGCCUCGACCGUGUUGGCAAACUCGAGACAAUUUUGGGCCUUUUCCAGAGACGAUGGUAUUCCAUUCUCGAGAUUCUUCAAGAAGGUUGACGAAAGGACUUUCGUUCCAAUGCGUGCUGUUUGGGGUUCCACUUUGUUCUCUAUUGCUCUUGGGGCCUUGUCCUUGGCUGGUGACACCGCGGCCAGCGCACUAUUCUCACUUUCCAUUGCCGGUAUGUACAUGGCUCUUGUUUUCCCAAUUGCGCUAAGACUAACCUACGGUAAGAACGACUUCAAGCCAGGCCCAUUCUACCUUGGUGAUUUCUGGUCUCCAAUCAACGGCUGGAUUUCCGUUGCGUUCCAACUCUUCACUGUGAUCAUGGUCAUGUUCCCGGGCCAAAUGCACGACAUUACUCCGGACACAAUGAACUACACAGUCGUUAUUGGGCCUGGUUUCUGGGUGAUAUCGCUAAUAUACUACUUCAGCUGGCAAAGAAAGUUCUACGAGGGACCCAAGUCCAACUUGACUGACGAAGAGUUUGCAGAAGUCAUGGGCGAGGACGGAAUCGAUGCGAUGAUAUCAAACUACGUCCAAUCUCACAGCGAUAAGAUGUCUUAG